AUGGCCAGCGUCGACGAGACUCCCCUCAGCGCCGCCCCCCACGAGCGCCGUAACUCGCUGGAAAAGCACCUCCAGAUGCGCCCCGACGUUCAGGACCUGAAGGACCGUCAUAUUCUGCUUGACACAAACAUUUCCCCUUCCCUUCAAGCCGCCCGCCAGGAGCUCGACCGCCAGCGUACCCAAGAUAACCUAAAGAAGAACCUGGAGAAGCGACCAGAACGCGAUGAACUGAUCGAGCGCAACAUUCUCCCCGCCACAAACGCCGCCCCGGCUCUCCAAGCCCACGCCCGCGAACUGGAAAAACAUAUGCUGGCCGAUAACCUCGAGCACAAAAUUCAGAAUCGCCCCCAGCCUGAAGAUCUCAUUGAGCAGGGCAUUCUCGAGGAAGAUGAGGACCCGCGCUCCCCGAUUUCAACUUCGUAA